AUGCCAACUGUUAAAACGGGAAAUAACGCAACUUCUCUUCAUGAUAUGAAAAAUAAAGUAAUUUCAAAUAAGGCGAACAAAUGUCGUUUAAAACAAAUACGCGACAGUAAUAAACGAGAAGUCAAUUUAAAUUAUGAAGAUAAUGAACGUAAACUUCAUUUAAAAAGUACACCUGAUCUUCGUGAUAAUACCAACUAUGAUAACAAUAAAUCAAAUAACGUCAGCGGAUUAAAAACUAAUGUAAAUUUGAAAAAACCUCAUCGAAUAUUCACUUCAGCUGCUUCAAAAAUUAACCUACAACGUCCCCGAACAAAAUCUGAUAAGAAACAACGAAGUCAAUCUAAUCCACGUCCGGUAAUUAGUAGACCUAUACCUGCAGAAAGUUCUCAAUUUAAUAAACCUACACAAGAUUUAACUUCAUUACAAUUUGCGAACAACAUUGGGCCUCAUAAAACGAAUAGGCAAACACUGUCGCCACUGCUAACAUCACAGGUACCACAAAUCAAAUUGAGUAACUUACGUCCAGUAUCCGUGACAGGUAAUGAAGAGGUUGGAAUAUGGACUGAAAAGCCAGUGGAAUCUGUACAGCCUGGAAGUAAAACUAUAAUAAACCAACUAAUGGAAUGUGACUUAAAUUCAAUAGAAAAUUGUUCGAUUUGUCAUAAAAUAAUGCCAGUAAAUGAACGUUAUGAUUUAGUUGAUCAAGUGAUACAUCGUAAUUGUUUCAAAUGUUCAAUAUGUAAUGAAACAUUAACUGAUAAAAGUGCAAUAUUUCAAAAUGAUCAUUCAUUGACAUCAACAACAAUCUUAGCACAAAAACAAGAGAUUGAUGAAAAAAGUGAAAAUGGGAAUAAAGAUACUAAAAAAUCUGACCUUGAACGACGAAUAUCAAACGCCAGUGGUGGACGAAUGGGAAAUAUUAGAAAUAAGUUUGAAUCAGGUGAAGUGAAUAGUGAUAAAAGGAAGAACAAAAAGAAAUCUGCACCAAAAAUGAAAUAUGCCGGUGUGGAAUCAGUUAAAACGAAAUUUAUUGAAGAAGCUACAAAGGCUACAAUGAGUAAGGUAGAAGAUGGGCCUAGGAAACCAAAGGAAUUCACUCCACCACCGGAUGGUGUUGCUGUUGGUAUAUUAGAAAGUAAUCCAAAGCCAAGAGCACCAGAUGUCGUUACAUCGGACGAUAUGUUUGAACCAGUGGAUUUAAAAGAGAUUAGUGAAAAAACAAAAAAUUUGAGGGCGAAAUUUCGAAAUAUGGAAGCAACUGGUGGACAGAGCAUUGAUGGAGAGAACCGUAAAAAAAGUUCAUUCAUUGAUGAAUCAAUUACAGUUGCACCGGAAGCUACAAAAAAUGCAAGAGCACGAUGGAAGGAUAUUGAAAGUGGCAAAACUGAAAAAGAUGCAUUAUCAGAACGUCCGAAACUUGAUAUACAUGACGGUUAUGGAGGGGUUUAUGAGAAUGAACCUGAAAAAUUCGAAAAUAUCGCUAGAGCUGGUGAAACAAAAAAAGAUCUACCAUCUGGUGUAAGUGCUAAAGAAAGACGUGAAUUAUUUUUGAAGAAAGCUGCUGAUACUUCCGUUGUAAAGAGAGAUAGUAUAAAGCUUAUAGAUAUUAAUGCUGCUGAAAGUGGAAUAUAUGAAAAUGAACCAACUCGACUUGAUAAUGUAGUCCGUUAUGAUGACGAUCAAACAGAUGACUAUCCAAGUAAUUCUGUGAAAUGGGCAUCUGAAGCGAAAAACAGAUUUAUACAAGAAGCAUCUAAAUCACAGAUAACAACAGGAAGUAACAAGACUAUUUUAUUGGUUGAAGAUGGUCAUACAAAUGGUGAUAGUGAUGGUGCACCAAAACAAGCACGAUAUACUGCACAAGCCAAACAAGCCUUCUUAGAACGUCAGAAACAAGCAGAAGAAGCUGCGAAGAACAAAAGUCGACCAGAUAUUAUUGAUAUAUGGCAAGAACAAUGCCCACACAGUGGAGUAUUUGAAAAUGUACCAGCUGCUCAUACAGCUGAUGUGGUAGUCACUGACGAAUCUGAAGAAGACGAUGAGGAAGAAGAGGAAGAGCAAUAA